AUGGAGCCUGCCGAGGGGCAGAGCAGCGGCCAGGUGUGCAUGUGCCAGACCAUCUUCCCCGAGCACGCCACGCACCGCGGGGAGCUCAGCGCCGGCCAGCUCCUCAAGUGGAUCGACACCAUCGCCUGCCUGGUUGGUGUCAAGGUUACAGUACAGGAUAUCUUGACUAGUGUUCAGAAACUUAUUAGUGUGGCUUUCUCUACAUAUGUAAUAAGACCAGUUGGUGAUGAAAAGGUUAACUUAAAACCAGUCAAGCUUCAGUCUCCACAAGAUCAUCUGGAACAUAGUCUGGCUAUUGAGAGAAGAAGAAUACGACUGGACCAUGAACAUGUCUUUGAGACCCUAAUGCAAGAGAGUAAUAUGGAAGAUGGUCAGUGUGAUAAUGUAAGUGAUACAGAGGAAGAUACUAUUUCAACUGAUCUAACCCAUGUGCAGAGCAUUGAACUUGUCCUGCCUCCUCAUGCAAACCAUCAUGGAAAUACAUUUGGUGGCCAGAUUAUGGCGUGGAUGGAGACAGUAGCUACUAUUUCAGCAAGCCGUCUCUGUCAUUCAUAUCCCACCUUGAAAUCAGUUGAUAUGUUUAAAUUCCGGGGACCCUCCACUGUUGGUGAUCGUCUUGUCUUCAAAGCAAUAGUUAACAACACAUUUCAGAAAAGUGUUGAGGUUGGCGUUCGUGUUGAGGCCUACAACUGUGAGGAGUGGACCAUAGGCCAAGCACGGCAUAUUAACAGCGCUUUUCUGAUUUUUAAUGCUGUAAAUGACAAAGGAGAGCUCCUCACCUUUCCCAGAGUCAAACCCACUACAAAGGAUGGUUUGAGAAGAUAUCAUGGAGCUAUUGCACGCAGAAGAAUUAGACUAACCAGAAAAUACAUCCUUUCCAAUAAGGAAGACACUCCCUCCACUGAUCUCUGGGAUACAAGCAACCAGGCAUACUUGAGUUACAGCAGUGUAGCCACCCUGACAGUCCUGGCAACAAAAUAUGGAUGGGAAAUAACCAGCACUCUGGAUAAUAUAAAAAUAUUCACACAUGAGGAGAGUGAUACCUUGUCUGUCAAGGUAGAAAUGCAAGUGAGGAUACCAUCAAAUCUAGCUUUCUUCCUUUUGUCUGACUUCAGACUCCGCAGGCAAUGGGACAAACAUUACUUGUAA